AUGACGGACUCUGACAGUCAGAAUGCCUCGAUCGCGGAUUACGACGAAGAGGUCGAGCAUCUCAGCGACGAGGAGGUGGACAUCAUGUCCUACUCCCCCGAAGCUAUCUACCGACCGGCGCCAGCCCCCGAGCAGGCCGCCGCACAAGACACGUCGUCCAGCUCAUCCGGGUCGUCGAGCUCUAGCUCAAGCGGAUCGGGGAGCUCCGGCGAAGAAGAAGAAGAAGGAACCACGUCGGGGAGACAAGGAUCUCCGACCGAAGCUAUGGCAGAAUUCGGUGAUGAAGAGGCCCCCCUUCCCCCGCCCGCCAAGAUCUCCCUUGGUGGCAAGAAAAAGGCGAAGGCGAAGCCCGCCGGGGAAAAGGAGAUUCCCUCGGCCCGACCACUAAGCACCUCGACCGUGACGACGGGCGAGGGCUUUAUCGUCGAGCCCUCCGACGUCCUGAUCACCCGGGUGGAAGUCGCCCGGGGAAAAGAGAAAGUGCCCGAGCAGGGCGUGAGGGAGGUGGGCGGCAUGAAACGCCGCCGUGAACAACGCAGUCCGAGCCCUUCGGUCGGGCGAGAAAGGGACGCUUCGUCCAUAUUGGCCCGGAUUGGCAAUGCGGGGCGGGCCAAAGAAGAUCUGGGGAAGAUGACCCCCACACAGGUGGCCGAGAGGAUCGGCUAUGAUCUGGCCGAGGCCCAAAAGGCCUUAAAAAAGGGCGACGAGGACCGGGCCCUGGCGGAGAAGGUGGCCCAUCGGGCAAUCGAGGAGGCCAAACAGCUGAAGGCUCAGCUCGGUAACCCGAUCGAGUUGGCGCAAGCGGUCUUCAAAGACAGCGACUCGGGCUCAGCCUUCCUCACAGCAGCCCGAGGAACAAAGGUCGGGGAGGAUCUGAUCCUCUCGUUUGGGCGGUGGGCCUUCAAGGCCGGGCAGCGGAAGAUGCUUGAGCGGGCUCGUACCCGGAUGGAGCAAGCUCUCGAGGGGGAGGACCUUCAGCUGGUUCUCUCGACGCUGCCCCCGGACUUGGCCGAUCCCGGUCCUUCUCCCUUCAGCCCAAAAGAGAAAACGGCCGAGCAAGGCGGGUCUUCUGCAGCCGCCGCGAGCGAGAAGGAAGCUGCUGGAGCUCGGGGAGCUGCUGGAGCUCAGGAAACGAAGAAGUAG